CUACUAUUGUUGACAUGACAUCAGCCACACAAGUGUGACAGCCACCCACCACUGAAUAUUUUCAUAUGCUUGGUUUCUUUGCAUAUUCUUUGUCUUCAAACGGUGGUUCUUGGGGUCACUUUUUCACCAACAAACAUUGACCACUGAACUGCAGAAAUGUAUAACAACUACUCCAGAGCUACGCUUGGUCUGGAGGCCAAACGGAUUCAGAGGGCGAAAGGAAAAAGUUGUGGCUACUACAUGAGGAUUGUGUUUUUCUUCUCAUCUCUGAUCCAGUCUCUCAUCAUCGUCAGUCUGGUGCUCUUCUUGGUUUACGGGCAGCCGGAGAAGACGGCAGAAGAGAAGAGAGUAGAAGAGCUGGAAAUUGGCUUCAACAAACUCUUCACAGACAACACCAAACUCAGGAAAGAGAAAGCUGACCUCACCGGCGCCCUCAAAACGAAGACAGGAGAGAAGGACGCGGCAGAUAAAGAAAUAGCAAAACUCAAAACUGACUUGAACGUGUCGAUCGCCAGGGGAAAAAACUGGCAGCAGAGCCUUAGUCAAUGUGAGAUGAAUAAACUGAAACAGGCGACCACUCGAAUUAAUCCAGUCCCGUGUCCACCGAGCAACCCUCAAAGUGGUGAUUUGAGGAACAUGCAGAAUCUUCUGGAUCAGCAGAAAGCUCUUUAUGUAAUCCUUCAGAGCAACUUCAGCCAGACGGUUCAGUACCUAAAAGCAGAACUGGACAACACGGUGAAAGAUAAAAACGAAUACCACAGCACCACCAUACAGCUCAGACAGGAAAACAUCGAUUUAAAAUCCCAGCAUGACAUUUUCAUCAAGAAAUGCAAAGACGACUUCGCAGAAUCCCUACAAGGCAUCCAGACGGUCACGAGCUCAUUCCUAACCAAGAUCGACAACUUCUUCCCGCAUUCACUCACGUUUCACCUCACCUGCCAGAAACAGCACGAACAAUUAGAGAAGAUUCGAUCCAACUGCACCAACCUGUCCCGCCAGGUAGAGGACAAGUUUCAGAGUUACCUCGAAAGGGUGGGUCAACAGAUAUCGGCCAUUCAGUCCCAAAGCAGUCGGCUGGAGGUACAGAACAAGCGCCUGACUGCCGAACUGAGCACGUGCACGGCGGGUAGGAAGGAAGAUUCGGAGACGAGUAGUAAACGUUUACAAGACGCCCAGCAGACGUAUGAUAGACAACUGGAGCAGCUGCUCAAAGAACAAACCAGAUUGAGGGAAGCCAAAGAUUUACUAGACGCCCAAAUGACUGUGAAAGACGCCACUAUUAUAACUAUGCAAAAAAGCUGCGUACAAUCGUCCAGAUCUGGUGGCCUUCAGGCAUCGGGACAGCAAACCCACUGAAUCUUCUAGAGGACACUAAAUGUUAAAGGUUGGGUGUGGAGAAGCGAAUGAUCCGAAACUCUGUGUUCAGAACGUCUUUGAGCCUCGUGCGUGGGACUUUCCUGUGUUUUGAGACUGUUUGUGAUCUUUACUGUAAAUAAUGUUGUCGCUGUGGAUCAUUGUAAAUUGUUAUGUUCUGAAAUGUUUUGUAUAGUUAUAUUUAAGUGUUAUGAGCCAUGAAGUAGUUAUAAGCUGUUGAGUGGUGAAGAGCUAAAAAUGUUGGCUUUAUAAUUAGAUGUUAUAAAGCAUGAGAUGAAAUCACAGUAUUAGUUAAUGUUGAACAUUAAGGCGCGGUUUCCCAUUGUUCCCAGUGUUUUGUCUCAAUACUGACAUCAUUAUUGUUUUAUGUACGGUAUGUUUGUAAAAAUGACUUUGCCAAGUCCUAAAUCUAAACCCUGUCCAGGAAACUGCGGCUAAGAGUGUCAGAUUGUGUUAAAUGUGAAAAAACACAACUCUUUGUAUACAAUAUCCUUACAAUUUAUUAUUUUAAAUGUGUGUUUCAGUGAUUUUUUUUUAAACCAUUUGUAAAAUUUAAUGACAUUCCUAAAUCUGUUUGUACAUUAAAAUGUUGAUCUGAGUCUUUAAAUAAAUAAACAAAUUAAAAAUAUAUA